AGACGCAUACUCUGUUCGUGGAUGUAUUUUUGCAAAACAACAGAUUGGACCACGUCAGUCAGGUGAUGGGAUAUCAUCCGUCCUAUUUGGACCAUUUUCUCAAGACCCAAAAUUUCAUACUACGGGGUGAUGGACCGCUACCCUACGAUUAUAGACAUUUUAUCGCAAUUAUGGCUGCAGGCAGACAUCAAUGCAGCUACCUCAUCUCUUUACAAAAGCAAGAGUUCCUUCUGCAAGGAGGGGAUCCCAAUUGGCUGAAAGGACUGAAUCAUAUUCCAGCCAAAUUGAGGAAUCUGAACGAUAUCAACAAAGUGUUGGCCCAUAGGCCAUGGUUAUUAUCUAAAUCUCACAUUGAGAAACUGACCAAGGGCAACGACAGCUGGUCAUUGGCCGAACUGAUCCACGCCAUCGUGAUCCUCACCCACUUCCAUUCCCUCUCCAGCUUCGUGUUCUCCUGCGGCCUCAACCAGGAACUAGAUCACGUGGCCGGCUACCAGUUCUACAACGAGAACACCGCGCCGAACUCGAUGGCGAAAGGCAGCAAGACCAAGCCCAAGGACAUUCCCAUGGUGGACACCAGUAUAGAGUGGAAAAACUGUCCGAACACCCCUCCGUCCCCCACCGAGCCCGAAGUAGCCAUCUCCACCCUGAUGCAGCGCAUGAAGAGCCUGUCCGAGCAGCACCACGAAUGCAAGCCCGAGGAGCUCGCCAAACGUUUCGAGAACAUCGAGACGCAAUCGGCCGAGAUCGGCGCCGUGGGGUCGCAACCCCUACGUGCCCCCGCCGACAUCGGGUGCUACGUGGACGACGCCACGUUCGCCUAUAUCGACUUUGCGAAAAGGGGCGAUUUGCAAGAUACGCCUACCUUCAGGGUGCAAGAUUAUUCGUGGGACGAUCACGGAUACUCGCUGGUCAAUAGAUUGUACAGCGACGUGGGCAACCUGCUGGACGACAAAUUCCGCACCGCCUACAACCUCACCUACUACACGAUGGGCGGCCGCAAAGACGUCGACACGUCGCGCUUCCGCAUGGCCAUCUGGUACUACAUCCAGUGCCUGUUCGGCAUCCGGCACGACGACUACGAUUACGGCGAGAUCAACGCGCUGCUGGAGAGGAGUUUGAAAGCGUUCAUCAAGAGCGCCACCUGUUAUCCGAACAGGGUCACCAAGAAGGAUUACGACAAGGUGUUGAGGGAGUUCCAUCAUAGCGAAAAGGUGCACGUCAAUCUCAUGGUUCUGGAAUCCAGGAUGCAGGCGGAACUGUUGUACGCCCUGAGAACCGUCAACAGGUACAUGACCAACUGA